ACCUGAAUGACGGAGCAGCAAAUUUAAAAAAAAAAGAAUUAAAAAAAAAGAAAGCUCCGAGCAUGCACGUCGAUAUCCAUCCAAUGACACCGAACACGUGCUGUCACAUCUAGCUGCUCCGGAUCCCUACAAAUGAAAUUCCGAGCGUAAGCUGGCACCGCGCAACACAGCGACGGACGAGCGCGCUCACCACCAGCCUCCUGCUCGUGUUUUUUGCACCCUGCCGUCACGCGCGUUGUAAAAUGAGGUUGGGAAGCAUCGUUUUAAUCGUCGCUCUCUGCUCUUUCACCGCUUAUUAUAUCUAUGAGCCUGUUCCCGAGGAGAUAGAGGAGCGAUGGAAACUCAUGCUGACCAACUCUUUCUUCAGAAGUCUCAGCCACCUGGCGGACCUCUGUGAAUUGCUGGGACUGAAAGACUACAUGGAUGUCAUGUACUUCAUCACCCUGGCUGAAAGGGUAGUGCCUGUGUCUGAUGAACAUGUCAAGGUGACAGAGGAGACGUUUGAUGGAGUGGAGGUGGUGCUGUACCAGCCGAAGCAGAAAGGUGGUGACGCUGAGCUCAUGAGAGCUGUCAUAUACCUGCACGGUGGAGGCUGGUGUCUGGGUAGUGCCCGGAUGAGUCCAUACGAUCUCCUGGCCCGAAAAAUCGUCACCGAGCUUGACGCAGUGGUUCUGUCCGUGGAGUACAGACUGGCCCCAGCUCACCACUUCCCUGUCCCAUAUGAGGACGUGUACCGUGUGGUCAAACACUUCCUCCAGAAGGGGGUGCUGGCCAAGUACUCUGUGGACCCGGGGCGCGUUGCUGUGUCCGGGGACAGUGCUGGAGGGAACCUGGCAGCCGCUGUCUCGCAGCAGUUACAAAAAGAGCCUGGAGAGCAGGUCAGGUUGAAGGCCCAAGCCCUCAUCUACCCGGUACUGCAGGCCCUGGAUCUUAACACGCCUUCCUAUCAGCAAAAUCAGGAUAUGCCCAUUCUGCCCCGCACCCUCAUGGUGCGUUUCUGGAGCGAGUACUUCACCAGCGACAAGGCUCUUUUCAGAGCCAUGAUGGCCAACACUCACAACAACGCCGAGUCAUCCAGCCUGCUGAAGUUCGUCGACUGGAGCGCCUUCCUGCCAGAGACCUAUCACAAAAAAUACAACUACACGGCUCCUGCUGUCGCUGGGGGAGCCGAAGGAGCGGGAGUUUGGACGGACGGACCAUCUCGAUCCCUCGCGGACCCGAGGGCUUCGCCCCUGCUGGUGCCGGACUCUGCGUUGCGCUCGCUGCCAAAGGCCUACGUCCUGACAUGUGAGUAUGAUGUUCUCCGAGACGACGGGAUCAUGUACGUGACACGGCUCCGGUCCGCCGGCGUCGAAGUGACGCAUGAACACUAUGACACAGGAUUCCACGGAGGGUUGAUGUUCACCGUGUGGCCGACUGACUUCCUGAUCGCCCGUCGCAUGACAAACAACUAUAUAAAUUGGCUGGAGAAAAACUUGUAAAAAAAAAACUUUGACUAUCAAUAUUCAUUCCAACUUCUCCACACAUUGCACCAGUGUUUAGUGAAAGUGACUUUUGUUUCUCAUCUGGUGUACAACUUCGUUUUUUCUCUGGUCAUGCCAAUUUACUGUAAAUAUAUUGAGAAAUAAUCAACUACAUCUGUUUUUCCACUCAUGGACCACAUUCAAUACCAGUAGGACACAUGAAUUUGUAGAGAUGAGGUGAUGUGAAUAGAACAUAACCCACCAUUACUCAAGUAUUGUGCUUUAUAGUAGUAGAGUAUUUUAUUAGUUGUCCAGCACACAUUAUACUACCCAGAAAGAGCGGACGGGGGAAUAUCGUAGUUAUAUAUUUCUUUUUUAUCAAACUGGCCUUUUGUGGUGUUACUUCUACUUGUUUUCCAUCACAGGAGCUUCUCACAGAUCUAAUAUAACUAUUGUGUGAUUAUUAAUACCAUCAAUUAGCAACAUGUGCCACAAUAGAAAUUAGAGCUAUUUGGGGCUUUAUGAAUCCCCGAGUCUUGGAAAAAGAGGAAAGGAUUUUCACACAAGCAAAACACGAUAAAGCCAAAGUUAACAUUGAGUGCAACUGAGAUUGUUUUGUUAUGUUUCCAAAAAUGUAAUGGUUUCUAACAUUGCAUCAAGGAUUGGCAACAAGUUUUAUGUUUGAAUUUAGCAACACUGUUUUCUGAGAAGAAAAUAACAAGCCCUUAAAAUGUCAAUGUACAAAUGUGGUACACAAGGAGGUGCUUGUUGGUUUGAUAAAAUAUUUAGAUUAAAGAGUUAUGUCAUCGGCAUCGGUUUUGUUUAUACAAUGCAGAUAUUUAUAAAACCACAAAAUUAAAGAGAAAAUGACAUUUUGGAUACCAACCAAUUUUGUAAAAAAUAUGGAACACUUCAAAAUAUUAUAUUAAUCAAUUAAAUCCUCAUUCUCUGGAUUACUGCUGAACUAUUGUAAAAGUAUUCAGGGACCUACACUGUUUAAUUAAAAAAUAUGAUGUACAACAGUAUGGAAUACGAUGAACUGCACAUAAUUCAAAAAGAUGAAGAAACAUUAGUGCAGAAUAAGUGACUCAUAUCAGUGAUCAAUUAAAUCCGUCAUUCAAUGCUCUUCAGUUAAAAGUUCAUAAAGCACCAGGGAAGAUUGUAAUCUUUCAUUUUGAACCUCAUAUAGUUUUCAUUUUAUUUCAAUUUAGAUGUAAACACCACUGUUUGUUUUUGGUUAAAUAUGUAUAGAAUGUCUCAAUUUGCAAGUGAGCUCCCAAUUUUAGUAAAAUAACGUGUAUAGGAUUGUAGGUGUGUGUUUAUUGUUUUCGUAUGAUUUCAUUUCAGAGCAAAUAAACAGCUUUGCAUGUAGUAAGGUUGACCUUCUGCAUCAGGGGGUAUUCGAUUCAAAUUGAAAGAGAUCAUUGAAAGAUCUGAACAUUCUGAAAUAUUAUUUCUGCUCGGACACCUCUAUCACACAGACACACUGAAUUUGUAGUGCAGUUAUAUUGAAAACAAGACAGAAUCUUCUAAACUAAGCAAAACAUGCAUUUUGUGAUUAAAUGUAACAUUUGUAUAUAAUCUCAGACAGGUAAUGCCAUUGUCACAAGCGUAGGUGUGUGAAAAUGAGGCAGUUGUUAACCAGAAAGUUGUGGGUUUGCUCGAUGCUCCCGAUAACAUUGCUCACAUCUCGCUUAUGUCGUUUUUCUCUCUUGCAAACUGCCUAUGCAAAGCAAAAAGUUGACUUCAUUGAGUGAAGCUAUUGCUGUAUUUAUUGGAUCAUCUGCGGCUGCCGUCUAUAGCUUCAAGCUUGGGGGAAAAACAACACUCUGAGUAGAUUGUUGUUUGCUCGUCGUAUUUUAUCAGAAAGCCAAACCCUAACCACUGGUCCAGAUAGAAUAGUCAUUCAGCUCCGUAGUGAUGCUUGUUCUUUAAAUAAAUCAUAAAUAUGCUGCUAUAGCUCCUAAUAUAUGAAUGCCUUUGUUUAAUUAGUAUAGACAAUCCCAAAAAGGCUGCUUUGUUACAGUAAGUUGCCAGACUAAGACCAAGUGCCAGCUGCAUGAAUAAAUGUGUAACAUUUAACUGGUACUAAGAUCUUAUGCCUGUUUCUGUUUGUGUAGUUUUAACUUCAGUUGAUUUAGUUUUUGGUAAUCACUGAAUCUCUGCUCCAACAACAUUGAGAGGAUAUGUGGUUGCCAACAGUCAUAUGAGGUGGCUCGUAAGCAUUCACUUGUCCCCACGCUUUUAUCUCAUUUAUCUUUCCGCCUGCGGGUGAAAUCAACCUGUGACUUCUCAGCCCAUGUGAUAGCUAUUUAAAGAAAGACACUGAGGCAAAGGUUACCAAAAAAAGAAUCCUUUGACUGAAUGUUGUUUCAAUUAUCACUUUCAACUUCACUGCUCAAAUAGAGUCACAGCUGAUACGCACCACCUGAAAUUCGCUGUAAUCAUUGUUCAGCCAAGAGUACACAGGAUCUAUGAAGUAUGUAACUCUAGAAUGAGGUCGGUUAUCAGAAGGGCUUUGCUUUAUUUGCAGAAUCACUGCUACACUCUCAACUGAAAAUACGUGUUUUUGUUUUUGACUUCCUCUUAAUAAAUAAUUUUGUCUGUCAAUAAAUUGAUUUAACCUUCUA